ACCAAUACAAAAGAAGCUAAAUAUGCCAACCAAACCAGACCAAGUAACUAACCAUACAGAAUCUAAGCUGGAACAGAACAUGAAUAGCAUGUCUUCUUUUUCCUGUCUCCGGGAAUUUCAGUGCUUUUCCAGCUAGUUUCUGAAGCUCUUUAUAAUCCAACAACUGAAGAAGAAGAAGAAAUUCUGGUACUGAAAAUGGGCGUGGACUAUAGCUGCUGCACUACAGGAUUUUUCACCCGAAUUGGGAUAGUCGUUUUCUUGGUGUUGUUUGCCGGGUUGAUGUCUGGCCUCACCCUUGGCCUCAUGUCCAUGAGCCUCGUUGAGAUUGAAGUUCUUGCCAAAUCUGGAAAGCCAAGGGACCGUAAACAUGCUGCAAAGAUACUGCCAGUCGUUAGAAGACAACACUUGCUGCUUUGCACUUUAUUGAUCUGUAAUGCUGUAGCCAUGGAGGCACUUCCUAUAUUUUUGGAUAGUUUAGUGACAGCUUGGGGUGCUAUUUUGAUUUCGGUCACUUUGAUCUUAUUAUUCGGUGAGAUUAUUCCCCAAGCUGUUUGUUCUAGAUAUGGUUUGGCAAUUGGUGCAACAGUGGCUCCAUUUGUGAGGAUUCUUGUUUGGAUUUGCUUUCCUGUUGCAUAUCCUAUAAGCAAGCUAUUAGACCUUUCACUGGGAGAGAAACAUAAAGCACUUUUCCGUAGAGCUGAACUCAAAACACUUGUGGAUUUUCAUGGCAACGAGGCUGGAAAAGGAGGAGAGCUAACACUAGACGAAACAACCAUAAUAGGAGGAGCAUUGCAACUCACAGAGAAGGCCGCGAGAGAUGCAAUGACUCCAAUUUCUGAAACUUUUGCCAUCGAUAUUCAUGAUAAUCUCGACAGCAACUUGAUCAAGUUAAUUCUGGAGAAGGGGCAUAGCAGAGUGCCUGUGUUUUAUGAACACCCUGCAAAUAUUAUCGGCCUUGUAUUGGUGAAGAAUUUAUUAACGAUGCAUUCACCAGAUGGGGUGCCAAUUAAGAACUUCCCGAUUCGAAAAAUUCCAAGGGUACCAGAAACAAUGCCAUUGUAUGACAUACUAAAUGAUUUCCAGAAAGGUCAUAGUCAUAUGGCCGUUGUUGUAAGAGAAAAGGAAGAUCCAGAGAAGUCCAUUAGCAGAAAUCAACUUGAGGCUAGAGAUGUGAAAGUGGACAUGGAUGGUGAAAAUCAACCACAGGAAAAAGGUCUAAAAAGCAAAAGAUCACUGAAAAUGUUAAAUACAUUUGUCGAUCGCAGUAAUUCUUAUCGGAGGUUCUCUGGAAGUAAGAAAUGGUCCAAAGACUUCAACUCAGAAAUCCUGCAGAUUGCUGAUGACCUGCUGCCAAAGCUCUCUGAAGAGGGGGAAGCAAUUGGCAUCAUAACACUUGAAGAUGUCAUUGAAGAGCUUUUACAGGAGGAAAUCUAUGAUGAGACAGAUCAUCGUACUUAGAGAUUGUUAGCUAAAAGCCAACAUGAAGGAACUCUUCAAGCAGAAUCAUAUAACCCUGCAAAUAUUGCUAAAGAGUAAACUGAAAAGUGAAAUCUGGAGAACCGAAUAGGCUUUUGUCAUCAUGAAUUUUCAUCCUAUAUAGAAACUGUACAAUGAAGGAAGAAAUUCCAAGUAGAAAAGGUUUUCCACAUUGAAGAAAAAGUAGUAAUUCUCAAGAACCUGAAGUGAAAAGUGAAUUCUCACUUAAAAGCCAUGUAAGAGCAUUGAACUUGGCAUAUAACUUUUGCUCUGUUUGAAAUUGAUCUGAGUGCUUUUUGAACGAAGCUGAUAUAAAAUUUGAAA